AUGACGGCUGGUUCUUCCUCCUCCAACUUCGUCUCGGCCAUGGAUAAUCCCAAUGACAAGAAUAAUGAACAUACUAUUAAGAUUCGUCAGUAUUCCACUCCCUUUUCAUACCCUUCAGGCUUCGUGGAUAAUAAGACCCACAACGCUGUCUUCAUUGACCGUGGGCUACCUGGCGUAGCCACGAAUUCCAAGACUGCGUCUGAUAAGCCGUGUAUGCCCUGCGGCCAUAAGUUGAACGCUAGAAACCUCAUCGUCUGUAUUGACGGGACGUCGAACCAGUUUGGAAAGAAGGAUCUCGACGCUUUCAACGAUCAGAACACAAACGUAAUUGAAUUGUACAACCUCAUAUUGAAGACGGUUGGAGAUAAUCAAAGGACGUGGUACAAUAGUGGGAUCGGCACUUACGCUCGGCCAUCUUGGAAGUCGCUCAGUUUUUACAAGAAGGUUCUUUAUCACAAGAUCGACUUAGCAAUUGCAUGGGAUUUCGAGCGAAUAGUCUUGGGUGCAUACCGCUGGUUGUCGGAUAAUUACGAGGAAGACGAUUGUAUAUUUCUGUUCGGGUUUUCUCGUGGAGCAUUUCAAGUUCGAGUUCUCUCGGCGAUGAUUGAAAAGGUCGGCCUCGUCUUCAAGGGGAAUGAGACGCAGAUACCAUUUGCAUAUGAGCUGUACGCCGACCUGAAAGGUGGUGGGCAUCCAGCGAGUAACGUCGGAUCCGAUGAUACCGGCGGUCAGAAGCUCCCGACCUUAGCCGAUCAUUUCAAGAAAACCUUCUCAAACGAGGUGAAGGUACACUUCGUUGGAGCCUGGGAUAGUGUUUCGUCAAUUGGGUGGGCAUCUAGGAAGUCCAUGCCUCCAGGGACAGUCAACGGGAUGACUCAUGUCUGUUAUUUCCGCCAUGCACUCGCGCUUGAUGAGCGGCGGGUUAAAUUUCUCCCCGAGUACGCUCACGGGGGAUCUGCCAAACCUGCGAGACCGGACUCCAAGGAAACGCUUCGACAAACGAAGGAGGUUUGGUUUGCAGGGACGCACUCAGAUAUUGGGGGUGGGAAUGUAGAAAACACUGCAAUGGAUCGUGCUCGGCCACCGUUGAGGUGGAUGGUCUUCGAGGCGGGGGUAGCUGGCCUUCGCACCGCGCUAUUCAAACGUGAACUCAGGGAUUAUGGAGAGAUCAGUAUUAUUGAAUCUCUGAAAGGGGGCUGGCGCUUCGUUGAGAUUUGGCCAUGCAAGAGACUAACAUUUACACGAAAGAAAAAUGGAUUGCCGGAGAUGACUCGGAGGCCUCACCUUGGAACUGGCCGAAAGAUCCAUCAGGGCCAGAUGAUCCACAUCUCCUUAUCGACUGCUGGUCAUAAGAAUUACAUCCCGAAAGCACGUCCUUUCGAUGAUGACCCUUUGUUCUGGGAGAAGCUGCGUGGCAAGGAGAAGGAACCUGCGAUGGCAAACGACUGGCUGGAACUCGACUUGUACGAGCACAGCAAACUCGCGGUGGAGAAGCUGGUUUCAGAGGGCAUCGAUACUGCCUUAAAACCUCUGAUCAUGUCUGGGGACGUCCGCAGGGAGGUAUACCGAAACGUGAUUGAUGCCUUGAAGAAGGAGAAACUUCUCCCCGACUACCGCAAGUACCAGAUCCUGUGCACCACGAUGCAGAUUCUGGAGAAGGACUCUCAAGCUGGUUUGAAAUUCACAUUGAGCCAUUCAAGCAAAAUCAGAUCUGCUUUGUCAGAUCUUCUUAAGGAUGGCGGAUCCUUCUACCAAACGGCAUACGACUUUAUGACUCGAUUCACAGAUUUUGUCAAAGUGUUUCAGUUACAAGAGGACUUUCUUUCUUGUGCGAUCUCACCUGACGGCACAAGCAUAGUAUCUGGCUUGCGCGACGGAACCGUUCGAAUAUGGGAUGCAGAAACCGGUAGACAGGUGGGGGGGCCAUUGCAAGGAAAAGAAAACCAGCUCUGUUCCGUCGCGUUCUCACCUGAUGGAAUGAGCAUAGUAUCUGGCUCGGAUGAUGGGAUGGUUCAGAUCUGGGAUGCAAAAACUGGUGGCCAGGUGGGAGAGCCAUUGCGAGGACACAUUAAGUGGGUCUGGUCUGUCGCGUUCUCACCUGACGGGAAGCGCAUAGUAUCUGGCUCAGGUGACCGAACGGUUCGGAUUUGGGAUGUGACAACUGGUGGCCCGGUGGGAGACCCAUUGCGAGGACACAUUGAUUGGGUGUGGUCCGUCGCGUUCUCACCUGACGGAACGCACAUAGUUUCUGGGUCGUAUGACAAGACAAUUCGGAUCUGGGACGCGAGAACUGGUAUCCAGGUGAAGGAGCCAUUGUGCGGACACACUGAUUGGGUCUGUUCUGUUGCGUUUUCACCUGACGGAGGGCGCAUAGUCUCUGGCUCGCGUGACGAGACAAUAAGGAUUUGGGAUGCAAAAGAUGGCAAACCGGUGGGGGAAAAGCCACUAGAGGGACACCGUAAUUUUAUUUGGUCUGUUGCAUUCUCACCGGACGGCAGGCGCAUAGUAUCGGGCUCGUCUGACGGGGCAAUUCGGAUUUGGGUGGCGGAAACUUCAGAAACCUGGAGCCCGGUGGCAGUGACAUCAUUGCGAGAACAAAGUCCAUCGACGUCGUCCGUGGCGUUCUCAUCUGAUGGGGCGCUCAUGAUAUCUGGCUCGACAUUUGAUCGAACAAUUCGGAUUUGGGAUGUAGAGGCCCUCGGAAUGCAGGCCCUUGAAAAUAGCCGUGCACUACCACGAAUGGCUGCGUACGACUAA